CAAAAAUGUAUGUGGUGUAUUUGUUGACAUAUUUAUUCUAGUGGUAGACUCCACAUAUCAGUGUCCAAACCUUUUCCACCAAUGGCCCCAUACAGAAAAACUAAAGGAUGGCUGGGGGUCACUUUGAUACAUUUUGCACCUUAAAAAAUGCUAAAACCAAUCUAAUGUAGGUCACUGUACGCUAAGCUAUCUGAACAAAACGUUCAUAUUAGCUAUUUGUUAUAGGUGACAAAGCAAAUUAGCGUAACAUCUAAUUAUAUAUCUCAAUAAUAAGCACUUUAUUUUUUUACAAUAUACCGAUGCCUGUAACGGGCCCACGUGCCGCAUUUUUGACACACUACCUUAUAUGGGACGGAAGGUUGCGUAAGGACGAAUGACGUCAAAGAAGUCACAAGACCGCGCUUGCUGAUCUGUACCGGAGAGCAGCUAUGUACACUGUACGUCUCAAAGGCAGAGCUAGCAUGGCUGCGGGCACCGAGCGACAACAGUUUAGAGCCUUUUGGGGCGGAAGGGACAACGUUUUCUCGUGAUUUUAUUUAUUCGAGUAAAGCGCCACAAGCCUGUUUUUUUAAUCAUUACUAUCGGCAUAAAACAUCUACAGCAAGUCAACAUAGCGAGCUAACGUCGAAACUAAGCUAGCACGGCGGCUGCUAGCUUGGUCGCCUUCGGAGGAGGGAGCUUCUUUGUAGGGGAUGUUGUCCGUGCUGUCUUACGGUAGACUCGUUGCCAGAGCUGUCAUCGGCGGACUCUCUCAGACGGAUAGCCGCGACUACAGCCUGGUGACGGCGAGCUGCGGCUUCGGGAAGGAUUUCCGUAAAGGCAUCCUGAAGAAAGGAAUGUGCUAUGGGGACGACGCAUGCUUCAUCGCCAGGCACAAAUCUGCCGAUGUUUUAGGUGUGGCAGAUGGAGUAGGAGGUUGGCGAGACUACGGCGUGGAUCCGUCACAGUUUUCGGGGACUCUGAUGAAGACGUGCGAGCGCCUGGUGAAGGAGGGACGCUUUGUUCCCAGCAACCCUGUGGGAGUCCUUACAACCAGCUAUUAUGAGCUGCUGCAGAACAAAGUGCCACUGCUGGGCAGUAGCACAGCCUGCAUUGUGGUGUUGGACCGCCAGAGUCACCAGCUGCACACAGCCAACUUGGGGGACUCUGGCUUCCUUGUGGUUCGUGGAGGGGAAGUGGUUCACCGUUCUGAUGAGCAGCAGCACUACUUCAACACACCCUUUCAACUAUCCAUUGCUCCUCCUGAGGCUGAGGGUGCCGUCCUCAGCGACAGCCCAGAUGCCGCUGACAGCUCUUCCUUUGAUGUCCAGCUGGGUGACAUCAUCCUUACCGCCACCGAUGGUCUGUUUGACAACAUGCCAGACUACAUGAUCCUGCAGGAGCUGAAGAAACUCAAGAACGCAAACUAUGAGAGCAUACAGCAAACUGCUCGAAGUAUUGCGGAGCAGGCCCACGACCUGGCCUAUGACCCCAACUACAUGUCACCUUUUGCGCAGUUUGCCUGUGACAAUGGACUGAAUGUUCGAGGAGGGAAGCCAGAUGACAUCACAGUGCUGCUGUCCAUAGUAGCAGAAUACACUGACUAAGGUCUGCCUGGAGCUGUGACCUGUCUCUGCAGGGGAUCGAGUGAUUGGACUCCUGCUGAAUAGGAUUGAAGGACUAAGGAUGGCAGACAUUUUUUCCCCCCAGCAUGCCACAGCUCUACUCUGCCCCUAACCCUCAGCUGACCAUCACCCGCCUCUCCAAAAAAAAAAAAGUAUUAAGGAAUGGAGAGAGGUGGAAUAUAAGCAACAGGUGGUCCUCAAUACUUCAUCCGAGGAAAGCAGCAUUGUCGGCAUCUGUGCAACAUGCCGGAGUCGUCUUGAAGUGGUUGGGCAGACAGGGAGGAUGUUCACCCUCAGACAGUAAAUGAGAGUUGUUUGACUUUUUAAAGGUCAAAGAAGCCGCAUGCUGGGCUGCCAGAAGGGAAGGAUACACUUCAUCAGUCAUGUCGAGAAUGGAGCUUGCAUAGGAAGUGGCGCCUUUAGGGGUGAAUUAAUGAGACAAGUGUGGUUCCUCUUUAUUUUUUUAACAGUGGGUAUUAGCAACCUCUGUAUGUGGGUGCAGGGAGCAGAUGUUUUAUAAUUGGAUGUGACUGCUGUUCUGGGAUGUUCUUUUCAGACAUAUUGUUUCCUCGCUGAGGUUGAAACAAUAAGAUUACAUGAAGAAGCAGCUGCCUUUUCCAUACAUGUUCAAUUCAAAUAUUGCACACUGAGGCUGUGACACGUAUGAGCUAUUACACCCCUUUAAUCUCACUGCUGCUGCUCAAGUCUUGAUUGUGUGUGUGCGCAAUACAAGUACAGUAGAUCCCCACUUUUUGCUCGGGUUAUGCUCCAGUAUCGCCGUAUAGCGAAAAAUCGUGAGUAAUUGAGAUGCCCAUAAAAAGUAUUAUCCAUACAUCCAUUUUGUGUGCCGCUUUUGCUCAUUAGGGUCACGAGUAAGCUGGAGGUUAUUCCAGCUGACUUUGGGCAAGAGGCAGGGUACACCCUGGACUGGUCUCCAGCCAAGUACAGAUAAAAAAGUAUUAUGUGUAUUAUUACUUAUUUAUUUUUGACAAACACAAACCAGCAGAAAUUCAAACCAAACACCUCCCUCACUCACGGUGCAACCAAAAACAACACAAGUAGCAUGUGAAACACAGUGUAACUGCAGACCUGCUAAAAUGUACACGUUUUUCUUUCACGGCAUGCAUUGUUACCUUUAAAUACGCUUGUAUGCUUCACUGCUUGCAUUUUAUUGCAUUUCGCCCGUUUCGGUUUUCAUUCUCUGCACAUCACCUAAAAUGUACCUCCCAUCAAAUCCUCGAGCUGUGACUGUUAAGACUGGUUGGCUUGUAGAACAGUAUUUCCUGUGUGUGUGUGUGUGUGUGUUCAGAAGGAGGACAGUCCACCUUCAUGAACGCCUUCUCCUUUGAUUUCGAAUAUCCUCACUGUUGUCAUAUAUCGAUUAAUUCCAGCUGCAAUAAAACUCAAUCAAGGUAAGUUUGAGUCCACACGAACGCAGAUAUUUUCAACAACGCACAUUUCCCCUUCUCCGGUGAUAAAAAUGGUCUUACUCAUCGAAUGUCUUCAAGAGUGGCAGGUCUGUAACUGCCCCACACGGACGAUGCAGAAUAAACGCUUCCACACCCACAUACAAAAAAAACUAUACUAAUUUAUAACCUCCAAGGCAUGCUGGGAUGCACACAAGCAACAGGAAGUUACCCAGCAUGCCUUGCAGGUUAUAAAUUGGUAUAUAGUACUACCACCGUAGUCCGUGUGGUACAGUUACAUUGUGUGUUCCACAUGUUAUUUUUUGGUUGCACUGUGAGUGAGGAGCCUCUACUUUCUGUGCAACUCAAGCUUUACCGAUGUGGUUUUCAACCAAUCAACAACCUAAUAAUGGAGACGAUAACCACAAAAUGGCAGUAAAAAAAAAAAUAAAAUCAUGUUUUGAUGACAAAUCUGCAACUGUGCGGGGUCACAAAUUCUGAAUUGUAAAUAUGCGGGGAUCCACUGUAUUAGUGCUUGUCUGUGCUUUGGCUGAAAUGUGUAUUGUUUUUAUGAAAAGGGGGUGAAGGCUAAAGGCUCAGCCACAUUAGCUCGUAAUGGUCUAACAGCCUGAAACGCACAAUGUUGAAAGAGUUCAACACAGUGGGAGUUGGUCUGGUGACAAAAAAUAUUUCUGUACUGAGAACACAUUCAGAAACAUGUUAACAAUCAGCAUUUCCUUUUUGUUCAUUUCUACAUGUUACAUAUUUGCAUACAUAUUCAGCAGUUAGAGAAACAUGUCUUAGUAAAUUAUUUGUGUGUAGUGUGAUUAUGAUGUGCCUUGUAUCAUGUGUGUUGAUACUGGCGAACAUAAUUCCUUAAAACCUAGACUGUGUGCCAGGUACUGAGCGCAAAGCCUCAAACUGCAAGGAGUCAUGAGUUUAAAACCUCAUGUAUGCCCCACUGUCUUAAAAGCCACUUUUUACCUAUAAGUAUGUAUUUUCUCCUGAAAUGAUCUUUUCUCAAGUCAGACACAAGCUGAGGAAUAGUGAUAAAGCCAUCCCAGAUAUAAAAAAAAAAAAACAAAAAAAAAACUUUGCUGUUUACAAAAUUGCACUAAAAGGACUGGUUUUUUUUCAACGUCAGAUAACGUAGGGAGACAAGCUUUUGGGGAAAGGGUGGAUUUAAGUAAAGCAUUCAAUGCGACUUUGAAGCAUUCUAGCACUGAGCGCAGUCUGGAGUAGCCUUAAUAAUACAAAGCAAUGUAGUCACUUAAGUGGGAUGGCUACUGUGGGCUUGCAACUUCCUGACACACCUGAUGAUGCCCAGAAGACACUUCAUCUUCCUUCUUCAGACAAACCAGAGUAUGUCUGUAUAUUUUUGGGUGUACGGGUCAAUGCAGAUCUGCUGUACAAUAUUUAAAUAAAGAUGAUAGUAUUUAUUAUUCUCCUGUGAUCUGUGGUGUGAUUCAAGUGCAUGCUCAAUGCUGUAUAUCCAUCAUCAAUACAUUUCCCUUAACUAUUAAGAAAUUAUUUUGUGUUAUUCUGCAACAAAGUUCUUUAUUAUUCUGCCUGUUUUUUUUUAACGGUGGUUUAAGUUUUGCAUCUAUGGUGCGUUCAAUGACCGCCGAACAAAGUGCGGAAUCCCAGCAUGUAACGAAAAAACAUAAGUGACGCAUAAAGCCAAACAAAAUGUAUGGGCUUUUCUCACAGUGGUACGUCUAUGCUGUACAUUUUACCUGCAUUAUUACGUAUUUAUAAAUUACUACCGACUUAUGUUGGGUGAGAUGUGUGU